UAUUUUGAAAAAAAGCAAAAACCAACCUUUAAUUUCCCUUUAUAAGUUUAUCCAUAUCUCUACUCUUUUCACAGUGCAUGACGUUAAUUUCUUUUGGUAAUUCUAAGCCAUGGUUUUCAAUAAAGUGAUUGCUCGUUUUGCUGUUGGUGUUAUUGGGAACAUUAUUUCACUCGUAUUAUUUCUGUCACCUUUGCCAACAUUUGUUCGAAUAUGGAAGAAGAAAUCAGUAGAACAAUUCUCACCAGCUCCAUAUCUUGCCACAUUUGUAAAUUGUGGCCUUUGGGUACUCUAUGGAAUGCCACUUGUACAUCCACAUAGCAUCUUAGUUGUGACCAUAAAUGCGACAGGACUUGGCAUUGAGGUUGUGUACUUGAUGCUGUUUUUGUUGUACUCUGAAAGGGUAAAAAGGAUGAAAAUAUUGCUCAUAAUUGUUGGUGAGAUUAUUUUCUUGGCUUCACUUGCUAUACUUGUUCUAACCCUUGUUCAAACACACAAAAAAAGAUCUACUAUUGUGGGCAGCAUUUGCAUGGUGGGCAACAUUUUGAUGUAUGCUUCUCCUCUGGCUAUUAUGAAAUUGGUGAUAAGAAGCAAAAGUGUGGAGUUCAUGCCCUUCUUCCUUUCCCUUUUCUCUUUUCUGAAUGGUGUUAGUUGGACGACUUAUGCCCUCAUUCGUUUCGAUGCUUUCAUCAUUGUACCAAAUUCAAUGGGAACUGCACUUGGACUAGCCCAAUUGUUGCUUUAUGCGAUGUAUUACGAGUCCACUAAGAGACAGAAUGCAGAAAGACUGGCCCAAUGCUACCUGAGAAGACCGUCUCUGGUAAAUGGUGAGUAACAAUGCAAUAGUUCAGUUUAGAAUUUUAGAACUUUGGGAAGAACAAGUGUACAAAUAUCUGUUUUGGGGUGGUAAUUUAACUUGUAUUUGAUGUUGAUUUUUUCUUUUUGUUAUUCGGGUUGUGAACAAUUUCAAAUGUAUGCGAUUAUUCUGAAAUUUGUGCUUGACUCGAACAUUUUCGUUUGAAGUGUGUACAUGUGAAAGCCUAACA